GUGAAGGGGACGGAGCGAGCCGGAGGCGGAUGGCGGCUGUGGAGGCUCCUCAUCUUUGGCGGCAGAGUCGCUGAGGCGGGGACGUGGGUCGGGCGCGUCCGGCGGUAGGAGCAGAGCGGUGGCCGCUCCCAACAUGCACAGCCUGGCGACGGCUGCGCCUGUGCCUACUGCACUGGCUCAGGUGGAUCGAGAAAAAAUCUAUCAGUGGAUCAACGAGCUGUCGAGUCCCGAGACAAGGGAGAAUGCUUUGCUGGAGCUAAGGAAGAAGCGAGAAUCUGUUCCUGACAUUGCACCCAUGCUGUGGCAUUCAUUUGGUACUAUUGCAGCACUUUUACAGGAAAUUGUAAAUAUUUAUCCGCCUAUCAACCCACCCACCUUGACAGCACACCAAUCUAACAGAAUUUGCAGUGCUCUGGCGUUACUGCAAUGUGUGGCAUCACACCCAGAAACCAGUUCAGCAUUUCUUGCAGCACACAUCCCACUUUUUUUAUACCCCUUUUUGCACACUGUCAGCAAAACGCGUCCCUUUGAAUAUCUUCGGCUAACCAGUCUUGGAGUUAUUGGGGCUCUGGUAAAAACAGAUGAGCAGGAAGUAAUCAACUUUUUAUUGACAACAGAAAUUAUCCCUUUGUGUUUGCGCAUUAUGGAAUCUGGAAGUGAGCUCUCUAAAACGGUUGCCACAUUCAUCCUGCAGAAGAUCCUCUUAGAUGACACCAGUUUGGCUUAUAUAUGUCAAACAUAUGAGUGUUUCUCCCAUGUCGCCAUGAUCUUGGGUAAGAUGGUCCUGCAGCUAUCCAAAGAGCCUUCCGCCCUUCUGCUGAAACAUGUAGUGAGAUGUUGCCUUCGACUCUCAGAUAAUCCCAGGGCACGUGAAGCGCUCAGGCAGUGCCUCCCUGACCAGCUGAAGAACAGCACCUUUGCCCAGGUGCUAAAAGAUGACACCACCACAAAACGUUGGCUUACACAACUGCAGAAGAACCUGCAAGAGGGCCAGGUCACCGAUCCCCGGGGCAUCCCCCUGCCCCCUCAGUGAUCCAACCCCAUCCCUUCCCACUACUCACACAAGUUGGGGUAGGGAGGGGGAACCUUCGAGGAAAACAGCUCAGGUUUUAUCGGCCGACCAAGAAUAGACAACCUCAAUGCUGAACUGCACUGGAGAAAAGGGGCAAGGUACCCCUGCUGAGGUGUAUGAGAUGCCCUCUCAGGCUGCCUUGGGGACCUGGGCUCCCUCUGCUACUCCCAGGAAAUGGGCUCCUGACACAGCAGUCUGCCACCACAGCCCCAGGAGGGUGUCAACACCAGCAAAUGCUGUAUUUGCAGCAUGCCCAAGAUGACCCUUCUCCCCACUUGUACCUGGCCACUGGCCAGAAGAGGAGACCGUCUUGAUAGCAGCAGCACUCUAGGCUUGGUGAACGUCUGGGACCAAGCCAUGUGGCAUUUUCUUAAUUUUGCCUUCCUGGAAGACUCAAGAUGUGCUUCUUCAUUCUCUCUCUCAGUAUUUGUUUACUAUGGUUUUUUGUUUUUAAUCUUGGAGAGAGGUGUGUUUAGUGGACACAAGCUGUAAUAUUCAGCAAAACUUUGUCAACUGGCACUGUUUACAAGUCUGUUGUUAGCUGCAUAAGCUCAAUAAAAAGUUGGUCUGGGCAUUACA